GCUAAAUCGUGACGACUGCCGCGUUGCAAGCACCACAGUAGCCUUUGGUCCCUACGUCCAUCAUGUUGGGCAGCAUCGUCAAGUCGCUCUACCAUCUAAUAUGCGGGUCCUCCACGAAUGAGCAAGAGACGAAGCCUCAGCAGCAACAUCAAGCCGCGCAGCAUGAGCGCCCUCCGAAGCAAGAACAGUGGCAGCAACAGCAACAACAGCAACAGCACAGACCCCACGAACAACGUCCUCCAAGGCAAGAGUACCCGCCCCAGCAGCAACACCGGCCGCAGGAGCAGCGCCCCCAGCACCAGGAAGCUCCGCAUCAUGGCGGCAAACGUACCGACCCGAAUCUAGUCAACCAGUCCGAUCCCUACUACCUCGACCUCCGCGCGCGCGCGAAUAAGGAGGGCGACGCGAUGGCGCGUGCGUUUGAGGAGAGCCACACGGCGUACGCGUCUGGCAAUGGCGCGCGCGCAAAGGAGCUGUCGAACGAGGGAAAGGCGCACCAGCGCCAGAUGGAGGAGUUCAACAAGAAGGCCGCGGACUGGAUCUUUGUCGAGAACAACAAGGACUCCAAACCCGGCGAGGUUGACCUUCAUGGACUGUACGUCAAGGAGGCCGUCGAGCGUACCGAGAUUGCCAUCGAGGACGCGAAGAGGCGCGGUGAUCGCGAGAUUCACCUCAUCGUCGGUAAGGGUCUGCAUUCGAACGGGAAGGCCGCUAGGAUCAAGCCUGCUAUUGAACAGCUCAUGGCGAAGCACAACCUUGCUGCCGACCUCGACCCGGAUAAUGCUGGCGUGCUCAUCGUUCAGAUUGGCGGUGGAGACCAUCAUGGUGUCGACCCGGACGAGAUUACGCGCAGGCUGGACAGAGGAGGCGAGAGCUGCCUGAUCAUGUAGGGACUAUUCCUGGACCACUGCCCCCGGCUAUAUGCAGCGCAUACGGCCUGUAUGUAACAAUGAAUGUACGCUCUUGCUGGCUAGUCCGGCGCCAGUCA